AUGGUUCAGCAUAGCGAACCACAUCUAGUUCUGUGGCAGGAAGAGAAAAUUGGCAACGUACUACAAGAAGCAUGCAAUGUGUCUGGAGCCCGAACAGUGAGUAUCUCGGAACUGACUAGCCACGAGAGUAUUAGUAGUGCUGUUGAUGUGAGUUCUUCUGAAUUAGGGGAAGUUUACGCGAAGGACUCUGCCAUGAUUAUGUACACAAGCGGCUCUACGGGUACGCCUAAAGGUAUUCUUCUCGCACAUGAAGGCCUCAGGAAUUGGGUCGAAGCCGCCCUUCACCUUUUUGAAAUCGGCAGAGACGAAACCUUCCUCCAACAAACGUCCUGCAGUUUCGAUAUGUGCUUUGUGCAAAUAUUCCUCGCACUUUGCUCUGGCGGACUUCUCUGUCUAACACCAACAAAACUUCGUGCAGACGCCACUUUUAUCACUGAAGCUAUCGCUACUGAAAAUAUAACGUUCACAGGAGCAACACCAUCGGAGUACUCAAACUGGCACCGCUACGGAGACCACAGAGCACUCUCACAGAGCUUAUCACACUGGCGAACGGCUUUGACCGGUGGUGAGGCCACUACGUAUGCUACGCUAGAGCUCUUUUCAUCCCUUGCUGGAUCAGGUGAUUAUGGCAAUGGACCACGUUUCUUUAAUGUUUACGGACCUACUGAGACAACCAUUGGUGCGACGGGAACAGAGUUGGAAUAUUUUGGUGAUUUCAAGUCCGCAGAGAUCCAUGUAGGCAAGCCCUUGGCUGGUUGUCUUGUCUAUGUCAUGGACGAAAGGCUGCAACCAGUGCCCGUCGGCAUUCAAGGCGAGAUUGUGAUCGGUGGCGCAGGGGUUGCCCGAGGCUACCUGAAAAACCAAGAGCUUUCAUCGGAGAGAUUCGUUCCAAACCCGCUAGUACCACAGCACUAUCGUGCCAAAGGUUGGACCAAAAUGCAUCGUACCGGGGAUAUUGGUAGAUGGCGUGAAGAUGGCGCUCUACUCAUUGAGGGGCGCAAAUCCGGCGAUACCCAGAUCAAACUGCGAGGGCUUCGAAUCGAUCUGGCCGAGAUCGAGAACAGUAUACUAAGGGAAUCCCAAAAUACUCUGGCUCAAGUUGUUGUGUCUGUCCGCCACUCCACACAGCCGUCAGUUCAGUUUAAUGAAGGGUUUCUUGUUGCACAUGUAAAGUUCCAGCCCGGAGUAUUUCCAUCCCGUGGAGAACAACAAGCCUUUCUGAACGAGCUUCUUGCUCGACUGCCACUACCACAGUAUAUGCGCCCUGCUGCAGCAUUUCCAGUUGAAAAUCUUCCCAUGAUGAUAUCUGGGAAGCUAAACCGCAAGGCAGUGGCCGACUUACCUCUGGAGCAAGAAGGCUCGUCUUCUUUGGCGUAUCUGCAAAGAGUCACCGACAACAGACCACUCACUAAGACAGAAGCACGACUAAAGGAUCUCUGGGAGGCCUGCAUUUCGGAUGAUAUUUCGAAGCAAUAUGCAUUUGAACCGAACACAGAUUUCUUCCAUGUCGGCGGAAAUUCUACCCUCCUGCUCAAGCUGCAAUAUGACAUCCGGAGGAACUUUGACGUCUCACUCACGUUGCUGGACAUGUUCCAGUACUCUACACUG